ACUACCUACAAGCUUUACGAUUGUUUGGGAGGCUGAUUCAAAAUGGAGUAGGGUCUAUAGGUAGGAGCUCAACUGCAUCAGGUUCAGCAGCUCUAUUUUCAUCUUUGCAUCGUUUUUACUUUAACCCCAUUUGAUUCAUUAGAAAAUUAGUAACCAUAGCACAAUGUCAGAAGAAAAGAACUCCGGCUCUUUAGGUUUCUUCUCGAGCUACGACGAUUUGAGCGACAGCAGCGACUCAGACGAAGAGGGAGACGGUCGGAAGAAGAAACCGGGGGCAGAAGCUCCUGGAAGCGGGGUCGAGUCCUCCCAAUACGGGAAACAAGCGGCCGGUGGAGCUCCCUUACCCAAACCCGAUGAGCUGUUCAGCUCCGUGUCUAAGCCUGCUUUCCUCUACAAUCCACUGAAUAAGCAGAUAGACUGGGAGAGUCUGACGGUCAAAGCCCCCGAGGAGCCUGCCAGAGUGUUUAAGCCAUGGAAGACAAAUGCUGUGCCCCCUCCUGAGAGCUACACUGCAGAGCCAGAGAAGAAGAAGGGACCUCCUCCAGGUAUGGACAUGGCUAUAAAGUGGUCCAAUGUGUAUGAGGACAACGGGGAAGACGCUCCGCAGCCUUACACUGGCAACGCCCGAUUCCUACCUUCAGAGGAGCAACCAUCAGACUCAGACGAGGAAUCAGACAAAACGGCCCUCUCCGCCAAGAAGCGUCGAGUGGAGACCUUCCAGCAGAAGGAGAAGAGGAAGAGGGACUUGGGACAAGCCACCUCUGACAAGAACUUCGUAGAGGAAGAGAAAAGGAUCCUCAGGCAAAAAAUUGAGUGAGGCCUAAAAUGCCUGCCACAAGGCAUCAGUUUCUAAUUUAAACCUUUUAUUUCAGCAGUUUAUGUUCACCGACAUUAGCACAGUGGUCAAGUAGGUGGUUUGCUGCAAAGGUACGUGACCAUUUUACCUGUAGGUUAACAUGCUGUAAUUUGUUUCAAAUAACUGUCAGCACACUUGGAAGAAAGUCUUUAUAUCAAUGGGGUGUCAGGCAAAGAGUGUAUGGCCGUCGAAAUGCUGACUGUUUUCCCAAGUUAGAGGAAAAUUCAGGUAUUUUACAGUCUGGGUCAUUUUUAGUCAUCUCUUCUAGAGACGCUGUAAUGAGGCAUAUCACUAGACACAGCUUUGCAUUGUGCACAGAGCCCUGGGCAUUACCAUACAAGUGGUCAGACAGAUUCUUGUCCCAAUUUGCCAUCACCAUUGCUUUACUCCAGAAUAUGUGGUUCAGACAACUGGGUGGAAUGGGACUUGUUCAAUUCUGUUUGAUUGCUCUUGUCCCAGCAGCCCUGGAUCCUUGCAAAGAUGUGUAUUACCAUAACCAAUAAAAAAGAAGGCCAAAACUAAUAAGUUAAAACCUUGAAUUUUGGUUAAAAAAGAAACUGCAGUUUUCCUAUAAAUGAGGGUUUAGCCGUCCUGCUGUGAUCCAUUAAACAUUAAAUGUGGUAAUUUGGCUUUACCUCUUUUUUUUAUUUAAUUACUUAAAAACAAUGAUGUCUUGCUGUGGUAGUUUACUGGGUCUGUGUUUGUGAAUUGUCUUGUAUUUACUAAAUAUCUAUUCACCACUGUACUAUGACUUUGCUUGUGUUGUGUUAGUACAGUGUCUUUCCUUUUUAAAAAUGUGAUUUAAAAUGACUGUAAAUCUGUUGAAAUAGUCUUUUUUUUCACAGCAGACAUUUUGACUUGUCACAGUAGGAAAAGAGCAGUUGUUAUUAACAUUAACAAUGGCUCUGAUCUUUUCAAGUGUCCCACUAAGUCAUGACAGUUUAACGGUGAGUCUGCAUGCACCAUACCAGGACCCUGAAACCAAAGCAGCUAAAUGGAACUCUGCCAACCUUCAUUUUAUUAUUUACACUAGUGUUUUUCCUGCUGUGACAUGUCAAAAUGUCUUCGGUGAAAAGGGCCCGUUACAAUUUAAAGAAGUGCUUGUGCUUCCUACUUAUGGGCACAAGGUGGCGCCGUUAAGCUACACUAGAAUUCACUCCCUUCUCGUUCGCGGUGUAAAUGUUGGGCACCCAAAUCACAACCAGGGUCUUUCUAUGUAAGUAGGGAUUCUGUGGAAGGGAGUGCUGAUCUUCGAUUUGGAAGUUUGUCUUAUCUCAGUUCUCUUGAGAUACUUGAUGCAUACAGACUGUUUAUUCAGUCUAAUGUACCUUGUAUUACACAACACUUUACAUGUGUUCUGAAAUAAACAAAAUCAGCUUCCUGUAUAUUUAGUGUUAUAAAAGAAGAUUAUUGGAACAUUGUACCGCUUUAUGUUUCUGCCAGAAAGUCUUCUCAUUCACUGUAAACAGUUGAAUAUAGAGAAUUGUUUUGUUUUCAGUGAGAUAUUACUCAUCAUAAACCACAUAGGCUAUUAAAGAUAUUUUA